AUGGACAAGAAUUGGAUGCACGUGCCAAACAGGUUUACAUCACGGGAAUAUGGUGUUGGGAUUAAUCAACUCCUCACAAUGGCAAAAGCCCAUGCACCUGGAAGCACUACCUUCAGGUGUCCAUGCAAGAGAUGUUGUAAUAACAUCUUCCUACCAAUAAAUGAAGUCGAAGAUCAUCUAUUCACGAUAGGUAUUGACCCAAGUUAUACACAUUGGAUUUUUCAUGGGGAGGGUGAAAGUUGGAAUGCUAAUUCGUCAGGUGAUGAUGACGAAUCUAAUAAUCAAAGUCAGAAUGUUGUUGAUGAUAUGGAUGAGAUGAUAGAGGACAUUCGGGCUGGAGCAUUCAUGGACCAUGAUUUCGGGGAACAUGGUACUACUUCAGAGCCCAACAUGAGUGAGAGGCAAUCGAGAAAUUUCCAGAAAUUGUUAGAGGAUGUGAGACUUCCACUUUAUCCUGAUUGUGCAAAGUUCUCUAAACUUUCAUUUAUAGUUAAGCUGCUUCAUAUAAAAACAAUUGGUGGGUGGACUAUCAAGUCAUUUAACAUGGUUUUAGACUUGUUAAAAGCAGCUUUUCCAGAUAUUCAGUUGCCUAACUCAUACCACGAGGCCCGACGCUUAGAGCAUGGGUUGGGUUUUAGUUAUGUAAAAAUAGACGCCUGCCCAAAUGACUGCAUGCUAUUUUGGAAUGACGAUGCCGACAAAGAUUCUUGUUCUAAAUGCAAGGAGUCGAGGUGGGUGUCAAGCAGAGGGAAAAAGGGAAAGAUUCCCCAAAAGGUAUUACGAUACUUUCCUCUGACGCCUCGGUUACAAAGACUAUUUAUGUCAAAGAAUAUAGCAAAAUCCAUGAAAUGGCAUAGAGAACAAUGA